CUGCCGAAGAGGUUGGAUUGGGAAGGCAACGAGCACAACAGGAGCUACGAGGAAUUGGUUUUGUCCAAUAAGCAUGUGGCUCCUGAUCAUCUGUUGCAAAUCUGCCAGCGCAUCGGCCCCAUGCUGGAUAAAGAAAUCCCACCCAGUAUUUCAAGAGUCACUUCUUUACUUGGUGCAGGAAGGCAGUCUUUGCUACGUACAGCAAAAGACUGCAGGCACACAGUUUGGAAGGGCUCUGCCUUUGCUGCUCUUCAUAGAGGAAGACCCCCCGAAAUGCCGGUGAACUAUGGUUCCCCACCAAAUCUUGUGGAGAUACAUCGAGGAAAACAACUCACAGGGUGUUCCACUUUUAGCACAGCAUUUCCAGGAACUAUGUAUCAGCAUAUAAAAAUGCACAGAAGGAUUCUUGGACAUCUGUCCGCUGUUUACUGUGUAGCAUUUGAUAGGACGGGACAUAGAAUCUUUACAGGUUCAGAUGAUUGUUUGGUGAAGAUUUGGUCAACACACAAUGGCCGCCUACUGUCCACAUUAAGAGGUCAUUCUGCAGAAAUUUCAGAUAUGGCAGUUAACUAUGAGAAUACAAUGAUUGCUGCAGGGAGCUGUGAUAAAAUAAUUAGAGUGUGGUGCUUGAGAACUUGUGCCCCAGUUGCUGUGCUCCAGGGACACACGGGGUCAAUUACAUCUUUACAGUUUAGCCCAAUGGCCAAAGGCUCUCAAAGAUACAUGGUCUCUACUGGUGCUGAUGGGACAGUUUGUUUUUGGCAGUGGGAUUUAGAAUCCCUGAAAUUCAGUCCACGUCCCUUGAAGUUCACUGAAAAGCCUAGACCCGGCGUUCAAAUGCUGUGUUCUUCUUUCAGUGUUGGUGGUAUGUUUUUAGCCACAGGCAGUACAGAUCAUGUAAUCAGAAUGUAUUUUUUGGGUUUUGAAGCACCUGAAAAAAUCGCAGAACUUGAAAGUCACACUGAUAAAGUUGAUAGCAUCCAGUUUUGUAACAACGGUGACCGGUUUUUAAGUGGUAGCAGAGAUGGAACAGCACGGAUUUGGAGGUUUGAGCAGUUAGAAUGGAGAAGCAUUUUAUUGGAUAUGGCUACCAGAAUCUCAGGGGAUUUAUCUUCCGAAGAGGAAAGGUUUAUGAAACCCAAAGUAACAAUGAUAGCUUGGAAUCAGAAUGAUAGCAUUGUUGUGACAGCCGUGAAUGAUCACGUACUCAAAGUGUGGAAUUCUUAUACUGGACAACUGCUUCAUAACUUAUUGGGACAUGCUGAUGAAGUAUUUGUUUUGGAGACACAUCCCUUUGAUUCCAGAAUUAUGUUAUCUGCAGGACAUGAUGGCAGCAUAUUUAUAUGGGAUAUUACAAAAGGCACCAAGAUGAAACAUUAUUUUAAUAUGAUUGAAGGACAAGGACAUGGAGCUGUAUUUGACUGUAAAUUUUCACAGGAUGGACAGCAUUUUGCCUGUACAGAUUCUCACGGGCACCUUCUGAUAUUUGGUUUUGGAUGCAGCAAGCCAUAUGAAAAGAUCCCUGAUCAGAUGUUCUUCCACACUGACUAUCGACCACUGAUUAGAGAUUCUAACAAUUAUGUCUUAGAUGAGCAAACUCAGCAGGCGCCUCACCUCAUGCCUCCACCAUUCUUGGUAGAUGUAGAUGGAAAUCCUCAUCCCACCAAGUAUCAGAGAUUGGUACCAGGCCGAGAAAAUUCUGCCGACGAGCAUUUGGUUCCACAGCUAGGCUAUGUGGCAACAAGUGAUGGAGAGGUAAUUGAACAAAUUAUAAGCCUACAAACUAAUGAUAAUGGUGAACGCAGCCCCGAGUCCAGUGUUCUGGAUGGGAUGAUAAGACAGUUGCAGCAGCAGCAAGAUCAGAGACUGGGAGCAGGCCAGGAUACUACUGCCAGUGGACUUCCAAAUGGGGAAGAAACACCACGAAGAGGUUUUAGAAGACUAAGCUUAGACAUCCAGUCUCCUCCAAACAUUGGUCUGCGUCGUAGUGGACAAGUUGAAGGUGUUCGUCAGAUGCAUCAGAAUGCGCCCCGUAGUCAGAUUGCCACAGAACGCGACCUGCAGGCGUGGAAGAGAAGAGUGGUUGUGCCAGAGGUACCACUAGGCAUAUUUAGGACUCAGUCUGAUUCAGUGGUUUUGAUGUCACAGUCUAGGCAGAGGACAUGUAGGCGUAAAUAUCCAUUUUAUGGUAGAAGGAAUCUUGGACGGAUUGAGUUAUCUUCUGGAAAUGAAUCUUCAAGCUCUAUAAGACAUGAGACUUCCUGUGAUCAAAGUGAAGGUUCUUGUUCUUCUGAAGAAGAAGAAUGGAAAAGUGAUAGAAGAAGUGAAAGUUAUAGUGAAAGUUCAAGUGACUCUUCAUCUAGAUACUCUGAUUGGACAGCUGAUGCAGGCAUCAAUUUGCAGCCUCCAUUACGAACAUCAUCUCGUCGGCGAAUUACCCGAUUUUGUAGUAGUUCAGAGGAUGAAAUGUCUACUGAGAAUUUAUCUCCUCCAAAAAGGAGACGAAAGAGAAAGAAAGAAAAUGAGUCUAAAAAUGAGAAUUUGCGGAGGGUGACUCCGACAGAGCUUGCAGAUAUGGAACAUUUAUGUGAAUUGCAUCCUCCAGUUUGGAUAACUGACACCACACUUCGAAAGUCUCCUUUUGUUCCUCAGAUGGGUGAUGAGGUAAUAUAUUUUCGACAGGGUCAUGAAGCUUAUAUUGAGGCCGUCAGAAGAAAUAACAUUUAUGAACUGAACCCUAACAAGGAGCCAUGGAGAAAAAUGGAUCUUAGGGAUCAAGAAUUGGUCAAAAUAGUUGGAAUACGAUACGAGGUUGGGCCCCCUACACUCUGUUGCCUCAAACUAGCAUUUAUAGAUCCUGCAACUGGAAAACUUAUGGACAAAUCUUUCUCUAUUAGAUAUCAUGAUAUGCCAGAUGUUAUUGACUUUCUUGUGUUGCGUCAAUUUUAUGAUGAAGCAAGGCAGAGGAACUGGCAGUCUUGUGACAGGUUCCGUUCUAUCAUUGAUGAUGCUUGGUGGUUUGGAACGGUGCUCAGUCAAGAACCCUAUCAGCCACAGUACCCUGAUAGUCAUUUCCAGUGUUACGUUGUUAGGUGGGACAAUACUGAAAUGGAAAAGCUUAGCCCAUGGGACAUGGAACCAAUUCCUGAUAAUGUUGAUCCACCUGAAGAAUUAGGAGCUAGUAUUUCUGUCACUUCAGAUGAACUAGAGAAAUUGCUCUACAAACCACAAGAUGGUGAAUGGGGUCAGAAAUCGAGAGAUGAAGAAUGUGAACGAAUUAUUAGUGGUAUAGAUCAACUUUUGAAUCUUGAUAUAGCAGCAGCUUUUGCAGGUCCAGUUGAUCUGUGCACAUAUCCGAAGUACUGUACUGUUGUAGCUUAUCCAACUGAUCUUUACACAAUUCGAAUGAGACUCGUUAAUCGAUUUUACAGGAGGCUGUCUGCAUUAGUUUGGGAAGUCAGAUAUAUAGAACAUAAUGCCAGAACAUUUAAUGAACCUGAGAGUGUAAUUGCAAGAUCAGCUAAGAAGAUAACUGACCAACUUCUAAAAUUUAUCAAGAAUCAAGACUGUACAAAUAUCUCAGAACUUUCUAACACUUCUGAAAAUGAUGAGCAAAAUGCAGAGGAUUUGGAUGAUAGUGAUCUUCCUAAAACAUCUUCUGGAAGAAGGAGAGUCCGUGAUUGGAGGAAAAGGAGCAUCAGAGCAACCAACUAUGUUGAAAACAACUGGAAGAAACAGUGUAAGGAACUAGUGAACUUAAUUUUUCAGUGUGAAGAUUCUGAACCAUUUAGACAACCUGUUGAUUUGGUUGAAUAUCCAGACUACCGAGAUAUUAUAGAUACUCCAAUGGAUUUUGGAACAGUAAGAGAAACUUUAGAAGCGGAAAAUUAUGACAGCCCUUUGGAAUUUUGCAAAGACAUCCGGUUGAUAUUUAGCAAUGCAAAAGCAUAUACACCAAACAAAAGAUCAAAGAUUUACAGUAUGACCUUGAGAUUGUCUGCCUUAUUUGAAGAAAAAAUGAAGAAAAUCUCCUCUGAUUUUAAAAUUGGUCAAAAAUUCAAAGAACAACUUCGAAGGAGCCAGAGAUUCCAGAGACGGCAAAGUUAUACCUGUGUCAACCAGGCCAACAGAAGUGUCAGAAAUACCAAGCAGAAGCGUUUAAAAUCUCAGACAAGAGUAAGUCCUGAGUUGGCAGGUUCCCCGGCCCAGUCUACCUCAAGUCGGGCAGCUUAUUCUGGAAGCCACAAGGGAAGUGCUAGUGUCUCUUCGGGUGUUACUUCUGGUGACUCUUCAGAUUCAACAGAUUCAUCAGAAAGAACAAGAAGAAACAGGCCUGUCACUGUGACCAAUGGUUCUACAUUAUCUGAAAGUGAAAUGGAAGAUUCCUUAGGUACCUCUUCGUCGUCUUCAGCCUCAUGUAGUUCUGAGGAAAGCAGAGAGAGUUUGAGAGCUCGUGAGCCCUCCUUCCGUGGUAGGCUGGCCAGAAGCAGCACCCUCAGGGCGACCAGAACCAGGGCUGCUCAGAGAAAAGCUGGUCCAGUUUCUUUAGAAAAUGGAUGUGGCAGAAAAGCCACUCGAAAGAGAGUCUAUUUAAGUGAUUCUGAUAACAAUUCAUUGGAGACUGGGGAAAGGCGAAAAGCCAGAGCGGGAAAUAAUCGGAAAGUUCUACGAAAGUGUGCUGCUGUGGCUGCCAAUAAGAUAAAGCUAAUGAGUGACGCAGAGGAGAAUUCUAGCUCGGAAAGUGUCUGUUCUGGCCGUAAACUGCCUCACCGCAAUGCUUCUGCUGUAGCUAGACAAAAGUUACUACAUAAUUCAGAAGAUGAUCAGAGCUUAAAGUCAGAAAUUGAAGAGGAGCUGAAAGACCAAAAUCAGCCGUCACCAGUGCUCAGCUCUUGUGCUGCCCAGAGUGCUGCCAGUGACUCUGAAGAUGGAGAUUCAGAGUCAGAAAGUGAUUUGCAGGCCAUCCGGAAAGGCUGGCAUGCUAAUGGCUACAAGUCCCACACUCCAACUUCUAAAACAAAAUUUCUCAAAAUAGAGUCUUCUGAAGACGACUCUAAAAGUCAUGGUUGGGAUAAUGGACAUAACAGGACUGCUGGCCCAUCGACAUCUGGGCAGAAACUGCAGGCAGAAAGCGCAUCAGAGGAAGAGGAGGAAGCAGGUUCUGAACUGAGAAAAUAUGCUGGCAGGAAACACAACACAGGUCGCAAGCAUGCAACUUUCCUUAAAAAAGCAAAAAUCUUCAGUGAUUCAGAUGACUCCGAAUCUGAAGAAGGUAGAGAAGAUGGCAGAUGUCAUGAAAUGGAAACAAGCCGGCUUUCGGGAAAUUCGAAGUCUGGCCCUAUUGCUGGGUCCCAGUGUUUCUCAGAUCAUGUAUCUGAAACUGAUUUGGAUUCAGAUGAUGACAAAACAACAGAAAAAGCCAACAGUUUUAUGAACGAUUCUGCAUCACAAGACCAUGGACACAGCAGAAAAUUUUCCAGGAAAAGGGUCUGUUCCAGUGACUCAGACGGCAAUUCCAAGGUGGUUAAGAAGUCAUCAAAAGCCAAAACGGGUCUCCUGAGGAUUCCUCGAAGAUGUGCGGCCACUGCGGCCAGUAAGAUAAAGCUCAUGAGUGAUGUGGGAGAUGCUAGUUUAGGAAAUGUGUGUACUAGAAGCAAAAAUGGAAGGAAAAAGCCCCUCCGUGUUGCACGUCCCACAGCUGAGCCGAAUGGGAGUGAUUCCGAGGGAGCUGUAGACGGUGAAGGGCCAGAUGAACCGCGUUCCUGUGGAGGCGAGCCCGCCCAUGCCGACUGGGAGGGCAGGAUCAACAGCACAAAGCAGCCUCUGAGUGGGGACUCAGACUCUGAAGGGGUGUCAGAUUCCGCACAUGAGAGCAGGCCUGCCAGGCAGACGAGUAAUCACAGAACAACUGCUGCGCCUUGGAGAACAAAGAAUUCCUCAGUUGGGUCUUCAGAGGAGGAUUCCAAAAGCCGUAAUCCAGGGGGUGAGAUUCGUAGAAAAUUUUCUUCUGAGUCAACUUUGGCGCAAAAAGCUACUGCAGAGAAUAAUUUUGAAGAGGAAUUGAAUUAUGGGUUGCGCAGGUGGAAUGGCAGAAGACUCAGGACCUAUGGGAAGGCUCCUUUCAGUAAGACAGAAGUGAUUGAGGACGCACAGGAAGCCGCCAAGUCGGAAACGAAAAGGAAGAGACUGCAUCCUGAGCUGGAAAAUGCGAAGACUUCAGAAACAACAGGGAAUUCGAAGUGCGGACCUGACACUAGUCCUAAAUCUGAUUCAGAUUUGGGGUCUGGGACUGAGUCAGAUGUUGACUCUGCUGAUGAGACAAAAACCAAAAAGAGGAAAACGAAAGGAAAAGCAAAAGUAGUUAGAAAAGGUAAAACUUUUACAGCUAACAUACCUAAAACUGUGAGGCGACAAAGACAACGCAAACGCCCUAGGUUAAGUGUGGAUGAUAAUGACUGGGAGGAUUUGGACUAUGCAAAAUCUAAGAGAGUUCUUCGACGUUCCAAAAUAAAAACGAGAAAUCAGGGUAGAAGGACCGUGAGAUACCAUGAUGGGGAUGAUGAGAGAAGCUUAGAAAAUGUGUUAGAUUUUGAUGAUUGCACCUUAUGACCUUGAGGGAAAACCAGUUCAUUUAAAGGAAGUGGACUGGAAUUUAUGGUGAAAGUUGGCUGUUGAAAUUAUUUUUUUGUCCUACAAUUCAGGGAAUAUAUUUAUAUUUUUCUAUGAAAAGUUAUGAAUGUGACAAAAUCAUGACUGUUAUUUUUGUUUGCACUUGCUUGCCCUUGUAGCAGCGUUCAGCACAGGUGCCAAAAUAUGCUUCAUUUUGGGGGCAGAUCUACUUUGACAGUAUUUAACUGCAGAGAGCAAGAGUCUGAAAUGUGUUUAACACUAGACAUCCUGGUUAUGAAACCAGUGAGCAUUACCUUCUGGUAGCAAGUGCCAUACAGCUACUUUCUAAAUUCAUGAAGAGGUGGUAGUUUCUAACCCCUGUCCUGUUAUAGUGUAACAAGUUCACAUGACCUAUGUUUACAGACUUGUCAUAAAUAUUAUGUGCAUACUGACAUUACAAUCAUGGCAAGUGUAACCAUGAUUAGUAGGCAAGGUACCUACCACUUUUUUUUCUUUCCCUGGCUACUUGAGUAGAAUGCAUUAUACCAGAUUUGGUCAUUUUCAUUGCAAUUGUUUCCAAUGUUGUUGGGUCGGUCUCUCUCUCUCUCUCCUUCUCUCUCUCUCUCUCUCUCUCUCUCUCUCUCUCUCUCUCUCUCUCUC